GCGACGCCGAUAGUGUUCAAAUGAAAAUACUACUUUAUUGUUAUUUAAACAUGUUUUAAUUACGACCUUUAGAUUUUAGUUUAUUUAUUUGGUACAUAGAAUUAAACUAUGGAAGAUCUGUCAGAAAUUGAAAGUUCCGUACGAAUCACAAGGCCAUCCCUUGCUCAAGUUAAGGCAAUAGUAAAUUUCAUGCAGAAGCACCCUGAAUUAGAAAACCUAAAAAGAUUUCGAUAUGGUGUAAAUCAUGAAAAGUUUAAGAAGUUAUGGUCCCAACUAUCCACUUUGGCUAAUUCACUUGAAGGAUCAGUAAAAUCUCCUAAGGGCUGGAUAAAAUUCUGGUCUGAUAAGAGAAGAGUUAUAAAGAGAAAACAAAAGCAAAUUGAUGAAGGAAAAAUUAAUGACAGACUAACACCACUAGAGAAGAAAAUAUUAGAUUUAUCUGUAGCAGAAGAUUUGAUAUCAACUAAGAAAAAGAAAGGUGUGAAACAAGAACCACUGAAUGGAGAAGAUGAAGAUUCCAAUGAUGACUCGUUCCUAAAAGAGAUUGAUGAAAUGGACUUCUCUGGUGAAACUACCAAGCUAGAAUCCGAUGAGAGGCAAAUGUCUAUUAUGGAAAAGCUGGUGGAAGUAAUGGACCAGCAAGCAGUAGCCAUGAACCAACUCGCGCAGGCCUCCCUUAGCAACUCCAAGGCCAUGGAGCGGUUGGCAGAGGCAUCACACAUACAAGCCCUGGCAGUAGACAGACUGGCGAACUCGUUCGACAGCAUCAGCUCGUCCGUACAUGAAGUGCGUAAUGCCAUCAUGAGCAUAGACUACUCCAUGAAGAGAUGCUACUCUGCCACCGCGCAGCACCGGCAAAACCCCAAUAUCUUUAGUUAAGUAAUUCAACCUAGUUCCUAUCUUCGGUAUUGUAUUUGUGCAAUAAGUGAGUUAAUCAUUAGACAAAGGAAUGGUUAAAAUACUGAAAUGUGUAAAGAAAAAUAUUUCAGACGACUAUUUGCUGACUAACGUAGCUCGCGAUAAUUUAUGGCAACUUGAGGCCAAUCAAUUACAAAAAAUUAGAUAUUACCUACAGUUAUCAAACAUGCGGCUGCGAUUAUAUUGUCUUGGUAUUCCAUAUGUAUGGUGAAAGCAGGUCAUUGCAGCUCGGCCCUCUGACUUUUAGAGUCGCGGCCCUACGGCUAGACUAGUUACCUAUUGAAUACCAGUACUUUUCCACACAAAUAAUCCGGUAUCUCAGUUGUUAAUGUAUCUUUUGCGUUUUAACCCUAAAUCGACUAUGAUGGUCCCUGGUUGAUUAGUUUCUUACUCAUGAAAUAAAACUAUGGAAACGGAUUAAAUCGCGUAUAAU